UUCAAAUCACAGACGCGCGGCAUCGCGACGCUGUCAUUGCUCGUUAUUUGAUAAUUUUCUCUUAUGGAAUUGGUGUUCACGUCAUUGUUUUUAAAUUUCGAACAGCUCCUACUUGCGGUGAUAUUCUAUCGCCCAAGAAAUUUCAUCGUACAACUGCGGUGAAUCGUAAAAUAUCUCGCAGGUAAUCGACGUGAACGGAAAACGAAAAUUUAUAAAAGUGGCCCUAUUUCCCGCGAUUUAAAACAAGCGUCGAUAAAAAGGAUAAAAGUAAAGUAGCCCAGGAGGUUGAAAAGUGUCUUGAUUUUUCUAAUCUACCGAUUUUAGAUCAUUGGCGGUUUUUAGUUGAUUCGUCGGUUCACUGAUUACAAAGCUGGAUAAAAACAGUUCGAGUUUCUCAACGUAUUCUUGAAACUGCAAUCACCGAGUAAGGAGAAAACUACAUAUUACGUCAAUCAGUUGUAGUACAACUGUAUUGGACGACAUGCUUUGGAUCAAAGUUUAAUAAAUCGUGAAAUGAUGAAGCGAUUUCGUUUCCACUUCUCGAAUUUGAGAUGAUAAAAAUUAUUUACACCGUUUGCUCCGUCCUGUGAUGUACAAUCACAUUAUCAGAGUCUACUGUUGAUGCAACGUUCCACAGACAUCGGCAAUCACACAUGUACUUGAUUCCAUAGGAGUGACCUACCACGUGUGCAACGAAAAUAUUUAUCCACCGCAAAUCUAUCUAACGAAAUGGUUCGUUCAGUAAUCACGCGAAAUCGUUUUCAGCUGAACUAUGACCCCAUGGAAUUACCGUAUAAAACCAUGAAAAUCGACUGACCCCAUUAAGGAAUAAAAUCUUCCAGUGGUUAAAUACACGGGUGUUUUUACUUUUCGACGACGGAAGAGAAGCGUCGAUAGAUGUCGAAGAAACAUCGUUAACGCGAAGCUGACAUUAAUAGAAACUCUGCAAAACCAAUUUGAUCGUAAAAUGUACAACCUGUACAGAGCCUGGUUUGGCAGCGAGAGUUGCAAUCCGUUGGAAACUCGAUCGAGUGCCCCUGUCGGCCCAGCGAUCGGCUUGUCGCCCCCCGAUACACUGAUCAGAGUUGGGAAUGAUGGUGAGCAUCAAUUCGUCGCUCACAGAAGCAUCUUGGCUGCUCACAGCGGAUAUCUGAAGGCGCUUCUCGCAACAUCGUCGAAUGUCGCACCGGGAACAACAGCCGCAACAAGCGUAGCAUCGUUGUCUGUCUCUUCAGUCGGUGGCGAGGCGUUCGCGCCCCUUUUGAACUACAUGUACACCGGCCGGUUGGAAGUCACCCUGGACAACAUUUACAGCGUUCUGCUAGCAACGCACCUUCUCCACAUGCCAGGGGCCCUCGAUCAGUGCAGGGCCGCUUUACUGAAACUACGAGCGCCCCCCGUGGCAGGUGGGGUCCUCAGGCCCGUGCCUAGUCGCGUUGUUGGGCCCCCGCUUUGCUGGCCUCCACCCGCGAGCCUCUACUCGUCGGGAACGCUUCCCUUGCCGACUCUAGGAGUUCCUGCAGCAGUUUCGAUAUCCGGCAUGCCAACGCCAAUAUCUCGCGAGUCGCACAACGUGAAUUCAAACUACAACAGUGGUGAAAAAUCCGUUUCUCCGAAGCCGUCAACCUCGCAGCAGAUACCGCGAUCCCCUGCGAGGUCACUGACCCCGGAUGCGUCCCGCAGGAGUGAAAACAUAUCCAGGACGCCCCGAGGUCAAAGAUCACCGAGUCCAGCAGGCAGCGCUGAGAAAAUUUCUGUUACGGACUCGGAGCCGGCUCGAGGAAGAAAGUGCCAAAGAACGACAAGCGAUCCGCAGGGUAACGGCUCCGGAUCGAACGUCGUUAUAGAUAUCGCUUGCUGCGACGGUCCUGUGCGUUUUCACCGAGUUCUGAACGUCAAUUAUUCGGGAAACGACAACGGCGAAGAUUCCUGCACAGGAUUGCAGCAGCAGCAGCAGCAGCAGCAGCAACGCGUCUGCGAAAUCGAAACGGUUGGCGAAAACGACGAGAACGUAUGCGAUGUGGAGGAAGGGAUCCAGGGGAUUGCAAACAGCGUCCCAAACGAGGCGGGGCAUUACACCUGCGGCUACUGCAGGCACACCUUCAAGUCCCAGUAUUGUUAUCAGAAACACGCGAGACGGCAUUUACACCCCGCUAACGGCGACGGGCAAACAAGCGGCCGUCGACGGGAGGUUCGCCUGCUCGAUUUAAACGUACAAUAUUACCCGUGCAAGAUAUGCGGAAGUAAAUUUCCAAGCUAUUAUUUCGUUCAUAAGCAUCGCAAGCUGUGUCACGGGAGCGACGACAAUCAGAGCGGAAGCGACGAGUCGAAUGCAAACAAUUUCAACAGUAAACUGUCACAGUAAAUUGUUCGAUGAUUGUCCGAUUCUGUUACACAAGCUAGGGAAUAUAUUAAGUAUUGAAUAUAUACUAUACAUACAUAUACCUAUAUCAUUAUCAUGGUCUAAAUUGAAAAAAAAAAAAAACCGUUAUCGUAUUUCGACGGAAUAUGCUUUAAAAGUGCAAUUUCGUAUUAUAGGUAUCGUUAUAGGUACGUACGUGUAUUUUAUGUUUACGUAACCCUCGUAUCAACGAUUAGCCAAUAAGAAAUGUUGUUGUCACGUUACGAAUAGUUGAACGAAGCGGAAAAUAAAUAAAUAAAAUUGUAAAUACGAACGCAGAGUGGUAAGAAGUACGAUUAAGGGAUGAAAGUGCGUAUACAAUAGAAAGCAUUAUUCGGUUUUAAAAGACACUGCAUAUUAAACACCUGGCAUUGCUGUAUCUAUAUCUACCAAUUUGAAGAUUAUCAAUAAAUAACUGUAUCGUG